GAAAUAUUCGUUAUGGUCUGAUGAUUAAACUAACGGAAUACACAGAGAAAGGCAAUGCAAAAUACGGUGAUGAAUGCAAACGCCCGACUAUCGUCCUUAUCGUUUCUAUAUGGAUUGCUUGUGAUGAUUGUGCUUAACCCGGCCUAUGUGUCUCCCACCCUCUGCGAAGCCAGGUGCGAAAACACCGUCCCGUAUCUUCGACGACUGAAAACCCUCUGGCACAGUCUUUCAAAGCGAGAGACCGGCGAUGACAUAUCCUUCACACAAUUUAUCCAGUCGCUUAUAUAUGCUGCACGACGGUAUGGAAAGCUGUCACCAUUCAGACAGGACUUAUUGCAAAUGAUUAUGGAGUACAAAGACUGUGUAAAGGCGUGCGAACACCAACACAGCAAGAGAGGUGCUCGAUGGCCGUCGAUGAUAGAAUCGCCACUAUUGACAUCUGAUGAGUUAUAUAUUUAAAACCAAAGUUUAAAAUAAAUAUUUUCAUAAUACUUGCAUUUAUUAGUUGAUCCAUGUUGUUGCUUUUAU